GCAAUGAAUAGGCGUCACCCUAGUGGUGGUGUUUACUAGAGAGGUGAAAAUCAAGAUUUGGUGAUAGUGGCUCACUUUGUCCUUACAGGUUGGGAUGUUCUGUGUUAGGCUUUUAGUCCUCCCUUUGGGGCUUAGAAUUAGUGUCUCAGUGGUUGUCUCCAAGUCUUCUCUCCUUUCAGAACAUAAGCUGCUGAGUACUGGCCCUACAGAGCCAUGGUCCAUCCGAGAGAAGCUGUGUUUAGCGUCUUCCGUUAUGAGGAGUGGAGAUCAAAAUUGGGUAUCAGUUAGCAGAGCAAUCAAGCCCUUUGCAGAACCUGGCCGCCCUCCAGACUGGUUCUCUCAAAAACAUUGUGCUUCCCAGUACUCGGAGCUCCUAGAGACCACUGAGACCCCAAAACGGAAACGGGGUGAAAAGGGAGAAGUGGUAGAAACCGUUGAAGAUGUCAUUGUUCGGAAACUGACUGCUGAGCGAGUUGAGGAACUAAAGAAAGUGAUAAAGGAAACCCAGGAAAAAUAUAGACGGCUGAAAAGAGAUGCAGAACUAAUUCAAGCUGGGCACAUGGACAGCAGACUGGAUGAGCUUUGCAAUGACAUUGCGAUGAAAAAGAAAUUGGAGGAAGAGGAGGCUGAAGUAAAGAGGAAGGCUACGGAUGCGGCUUAUCAGGCCCGUCAAGCAGUAAAAACACCCCCUCGGAGGUUACCUACUGUGAUGGUUCGCUCUCCUAUAGAUUCUGCCUCCCCAGGAGGUGAUUAUCCACUUGCCGACUUGACUGCAACCACUAUGGAAGAGGCCACCUCUGGGGUCAAUGAGAGUGAAAUGGCUGUGGCUUCUGGCCACCUGAACAGUACAGGUGUCCUCCUGGAGGUAGGCGGGGUCCUUCCCAUGAUACAUGGUGGGGAGAUGCAGCAAACACCCAACACUGUUGCAGCCUCCCCAGCUGCCUCAGGUGCUCCCACUCUUUCCCGGCUUUUAGAAGCUGGUCCUACACAGUUCACCACACCUCUUGCUUCCUUCACUACUGUUGCCAGUGAACCUCCAGUUAAAAUUGUGCCACCCCCUGUAGAGUCUGUGUCCCAAGCUACCAUUGUCAUGAUGCCUGCGCUGCCAGCACCAUCCUCUGCUCCGGCUGUCUCCACUCCUGAGAGUGUAGCUCCAGUGAGUCAGCCUGAUACCUGUGUUCCCAUGGAGGCUGUGGGGGAUCCACAUACUGUGACUGUCUCCAUGGAUAGCAGUGAAAUCUCCAUGAUCAUCAAUUCUAUCAAAGAAGAGUGUUUCCGGUCAGGGGUAGCAGAGGCCCCUGGAGGAUCAAAGGCUCCUAGCAUUGAUGGGAAGGAAGAUUUAGAUCUGGCUGAGAAGAUGGAUAUUGCUGUGUCUUACACAGGUGAAGAACUAGACUUUGAGACUGUUGGGGACAUCAUUGCCAUCAUUGAGGACAAGGUAGAUGAUCAUCCUGAAGUGCUGGAUGUGGCAGCAGUGGAAGCAGCACUGUCAUUCUGUGAAGAGAAUGAUGAUCCCCAAUCCCUGCCUGGCCCCUGGGAGCACCCUACGCAGCAGGAACGGGACAAGCCAGUACCUCUCCCUGCACCAGAGAUGACGGUCAAGCAAGAGAGGCUGGACUUUGAAGAAACAGAAAGCAAAGGAAUCCAUGAACUGGUGGACAUCAGGGAACCCAGUGUUGAGAUCAAAAUGGAACCUGCAGAACCAGAGCAAGGCAUUUCAGGGGCUGAAAUAGUAUCUGGAGUUGUUCCAGCCACGAGUAUGGAGCCACCAGAACUCAGGAGUCAGGACUUAGAUGAGGAACCCAGAAGUACUGCAACUGGAGAAAUUACUGAAGCAGAUGCUUCCAGUAGGAGAGGCGAUGAAACUCCAAUUACAACAGUGAAGACAGAGGCAUCCCCUGAAAGCAUGUUGUCUCCAUCACAUGGCUCAAAUCCCAUUGAAGAUCCUUUAGAGUCAGAGACUCAGCACAAGUUUGAAAUGUCAGACUCAUUGAAAGAAGAAUCAGGGACUAUUUUUGGAAGCCAGAUAAAGGAUGCCCCAGGUGAGGAUGAGGAAGAAGAUGGAGUCAGUGAAGCGGCCAGCCUAGAGGAGCCUAAGGAAGAAGAUCAAGGAGAAGGCUAUUUGUCAGAAAUGGAUAAUGAGCCCCCUGUGAGUGAGAGUGACGAUGGCUUUAGCAUACACAAUGCUACGCUGCAGUCCCACACACUGGCAGACUCCAUCCCCAGCAGCCCUGCUUCUUCACAAUUCUCUGUCUGUAGUGAGGAUCAGGAAGCUAUUCAGGCACAGAAAAUCUGGAAGAAAGCCAUCAUGCUUGUAUGGAGAGCCGCAGCUAAUCAUAGGUAUGCUAAUGUCUUCCUGCAGCCUGUUACAGAUGACAUAGCACCUGGCUACCACAGCAUUGUACAGAGGCCUAUGGAUUUGUCAACUAUUAAGAAAAACAUUGAAAAUGGACUGAUCCGCAGCACAGCUGAAUUUCAGCGUGACAUUAUGCUGAUGUUCCAGAAUGCUGUGAUGUAUAAUAGCUCAGACCACGAUGUCUAUCACAUGGCAGUAGAAAUGCAGCGAGAUGUCUUGGAGCAGAUCCAGCAAUUCCUGGCCACACAGUUGAUUAUGCAGACAUCUGAAUCUGGGAUCAGUGCUAAAAGUCUUCGAGGGAGAGAUUCUACCCGCAAACAGGAUUCUUCAGAGAAGGACAGUGUCCCCAUGGGCUCUCCUGCCUUCCUUCUCUCUCUCUUUGAUGGGGGAACGAGGGGGCGCCGCUGUGCCAUUGAAGCAGAUAUGAAGAUGAAAAAGUGAAGCCUCAGAGUAUCUGCACUGAGCUGAACAUGAAAUAGAAGUAAAGAUAGAGCUUGGGCUUGUGGAAG